AUGGGGAAUACAGUGAGCUGGUUCGCCCAAUGCUUCUAUCCAAAAGACCAAGUGUUCUGGGCUGCUGCAUAUUACGGUGAUGCACAGACAAUUCGAAUGGCGAUAUCACGUCUCACACCCGAAACGCGCAAGUAUCUUGAAUGGCGUGAACCGUCUACUGGUCGAACCCCACUCUUGGAAGCUGCAGCCAGAGGUCAUUGUAAAUGUGCGCAGUAUUUGAUUGAGGCAGGAGCUGAUUGCAAUGCAAAGGACUUGAGAAUGAAUACACCGCUGCAUCUUGCAUGUAAAUGCGCUCAGCUAGAAAUGGUCAAGUUUCUGCUGCAGGUGCGAGCGGUAAACCCGUUUGAAAUCAAUCAGAGCAUGAAGACGCCGUUGGACUUGACUAGAAGCAGGUUUGUGCAAGAGGAGGAAGAAGAAAAGGCUCAUUUAUAUGCCGAGUGUAUAAAACUUCUUGAAACGAAAACUUGUUUAUAUACUGGCUGGCUGUACAAAAAGACCGACAACGUGCUGUCUUUCGUAUCGGGCAUUUCGUCGCUCAAUUCAUGGACGAGACGCUUUUGCAUGGUGUUGGAGCGUGGAGAUCCAACCGUACUCGAGCUGGCACUCUUUCGCAUGAAAGACGAUAAUGGGGUGCGUCCUGUGUGCCCAAAGAUUGUGAUGCUAUAUAAUGUUGCAGCUGGAAUGGAGGUGGCCAGCGAUCCUAGAUGGUUCAGUCCGAAGGACUUUACUUUUCUUGUGCGAGGCGACCAACUAAACAAGUGUCACUAUCGAGCAAGCUCAACACUUCAAAAUCCCGUGUACUUUGCUGCAAUCGACCAGGCAAGUUUUAAUGCGUGGAAAGUCUUCUUUGCCUAUCAAAAGCAGCGGCUGGCUGAUCGGCGCCACAUGGCUGGUACUAGACACGACAACAGUGCGGGUUUGAAUCCUCGGUCUAUGACACCUGCCUCAUCUCUGGUGACCCUUUCUUCAGCAAUAGGUUUGAGAGAGGAAGAAGGCAUUUGCAGAGCCAUCCGACCUGCUGCUCAAUUACGAGACGAGAUUAGAUUAUUAACUGACACGGCUCUCUUGCCACCACCCUUGCCAGUUUCAGCUCCUGAUUGGGAUGAUCAGGAGGAAGUCGAAUCUAUUGAAAAUGUAGCAGAAACAACAGAACGCCGCAGUGACUUGGAAGCAUCAUGUGAGCAAAAUUUGCCGGUGGUUCACGACGGACAAGCACCAGCACAGUCUUUAAUUGGCGAGUGUGCAAUAUGCUUUGAUGGGCCCCAAUCUGCUGUAUGUGUGCCGUGUGGCCACAAUGCUGUCUGCAUGAAGUGCGCGGAAGCAAUACAAAACUCCACCGCUGAAUGCCCAGUAUGCCGAGCGCCUGUGAGCACGUUCAUCAAGUUGUACCGUGUUUGA